UCAUCGAUCAAGAGUUUGUUAUAUUGCAGGUUACUGAACAAUGGGUGCAGGAGGUCGAAUGUCCACUCCUUAUGAGGGAAACAAAUCUCAAUCUGAUAUCCUCCAAAGAGUUCCCCAUUCUAAACCACCCUUCACAGUGGGUGAGAUCAAGGAAGCCAUCCCACCCCAUUGUUUCAAGCGAUCUGUCCUACACUCUUUGUCUUACGUUUUUUAUGACCUCAUAAUAUCCUUUCUUCUCUAUUAUGUUGCAACCAACUAUUUCCAUCUUCUAACUUACAACCUCUCCUACAUAGCCUGGCCACUUUACUGGAUCUACCAAGGCUGUAAUCUAACAGGACUUUGGGUCAUAGCACAUGAAUGUGGUCACCAUGCCUUCAGUGACUAUCAAUGGCUUGAUGACACUGUUGGCCUUGUUCUACACUCGGCUCUCCUUGUUCCCUAUUUCUCAUGGAAAUAUAGUCAUCGUCGCCACCAUUCCAAUACAGGUUCAUUGGAUCGUGAUGAAGUAUUUGUACCAAAGUUGAAGUCGAGUAUGAAAUGGUUCUCCACUUAUCUCAACAAUCCACCAAGAAGAAUCCUUGUACUUGUUGUCCAGCUCACUCUAGGCUGGCCUCUAUACCUCAUGCUUAAUGUUUCAGGGCGACCCUAUGACCGGUUUGCUUGCCACUUUGAUCCCAAUAGCCCUAUCUACACAGAUCGUGAGCGCCUUCAGAUCUUUGUAUCUGAUGCUGGUAUAUUUGCUGUACUCUAUGGACUUUACUGUUUUGUGGCAGCAAAAGGGCUUGUGUGGGUUGCCUGUGUUUAUGGAUGUCCAUUACUCAUUGUGAACGGAUUCCUCGUAUUGAUCACAUAUUUGCAGCACACACACCCUUCAUUGCCUCAUUAUGACACCUUAGAAUGGGACUGGUUGAGGGGUGCUCUUGCAACAGUUGACAGAGACUACGGAAUUCUCAACAAGGUAUUCCAUAACAUCACAGAUACUCAUGUCGCACACCAUCUGUUCUCGACCAUGCCACACUAUCACGCAAUGGAAGCCACAAAGGCUAUAAAACAAAUAUUAGGUGACUAUUAUCAAUUUGAUGGGACAUCGAUUUGGAAGUCCAUGUAUAGAGAAGCAAAAGAGUGUGUUUACGUUGAGCCAGAUGAAGGUGACCAGAACAAGGGUGUCUUUUGGUAUAAAAACAAGCUUCAUUAGACACACUUUGCUUGACCCUGGACAAGGCUGAUAAGUUCAAGUCCCCUUCUUGAAGGGAUUUGCUUCCUUUCUCUUUGAAUUUAGGCUUGUUUUGAUCGAUACUGGAUUCCAAUUUUCAGUAAAGUAACUUCAUUGAUUUCAGACAACUGUGAAUUCUUG